UCCACAACUCCCAUCCCACGUCGCAGAGCCGUUCCUGUCUGCGCCUCCUCCCUAGACACGCGACGCAGAGCAUAUAUAUAGCAGCAGGGGCAGGGGCAAGGACGAAGGGACGAAAGAGCCGUCGCCGCCGCCGCGCCGCCAUGUCCGUCCGCGUGGCGUCCGUGCCGUACCUGGAGCAGAUGGCGCGGUGGGAGCGGCAGGUGGAGCGGCGGCAGCUGUUCCUCCGCAGCUACCACUUCUCGCGCGACGCCGACGCGGCGGCGGCGCUCCCCCCGCGCGCCCGCGCCAGGCGCGUCGUCUGGGCGGGGAUGCGCCGCCUGCGCCGCGCAGCCGCCACGGGCCUCCGCCGCCUCCGCGCGCGCCUCCGCCUCUGCUUCGGCUGGGCCGCCCGCCGCCGCUCUUCCUCCCGCUACGGCCGCCUCUCCGGCGCCGGCAGGCCCCGCGCCGCCGCCGCCGCCGGUGCCGCCGAGUCUGCAUGCUUCUGGUAGGACUGCACUGCACAAGGUUUCGAAGCGUUCUUUGCUUCGUCUCCCUUGGUUGGCGUGCGUGCGUGCGUGUGUGUGAAAGUGAGAAGGUGAGCUUACUUUAGACAUGGAUUAGCCGGUGCGUGUGUUGUUUGUUUGUUUGUUUGAUAACUUGGACUGCUGCUCCGUGGAGUGGAGUUGAGUGCCUAAUUAAAUUAGAAUGAAUGAAUCGUCUAGUAGUAAUUUUGGUUUUU